GGUUAAUUGGUGAUUGCUUCAGCAAUGUAUAACUCUGUUCUGUUGCUGCGUCUCUGUCGCCAUCGUCUUCCAACUCUGACUUUGAGCAGCUCUGUCUUCUUCUCGAAAUCGUCUCCCGCUUCUGCUUUCAUGGAUGCUUCAAAUCCCAAUUCUUCUAGAAAAUCUAAUUUCUCUUCCUUCGCUCAGUCCAGUCGAAGCGGUGGUAGAGGAGGAGGCUAUGAGAGAGAUAACGAUCGACGGAGACCUCAGGGACGUGGCGGCGGUGGAGGCGGAAAAGAUAGAAUUGAUGCCCUUGGACGACUCUUGACGAGAAUAUUGCGACAUAUGGCUACUGAGCUGAGAUUGAAUAUGCGAGGUGAUGGUUUUGUUAAAGUUGAAGAUUUACUUAACCUGAAUUUGAAAACUUCUGCAAAUAUUCAAUUGAAAUCACACACGAUUGAUGAAAUUAAAGAGGCUGUGAGAAGGGACAAUAAACAACGGUUUAGCCUCAUCGAUGAGAAUGGUGAGCUCUUGAUUCGCGCUAACCAAGGCCACUCGAUCACGACGGUUGAGUCGGAAAAGUUACUUAAACCAAUACUGUCACCAGAAGAAGCUCCAGUGUGUGUACAUGGAACUUAUAGGAAGAAUUUGGAAUCCAUAUUAGCAUCGGGCUUAAAGCGCAUGAAUAGAAUGCAUGUUCACUUCUCUUGUGGAUUACCAACAGAUGGUGAAGUGAUUAGUGGCAUGAGAAGGAAUGUAAAUGUUAUCAUCUUCCUCGACAUGAAGAAAGCUCUUGAAGAUGGGAUUGCGUUCUACAUUUCAGACAACAAAGUGAUUUUGACUGAAGGCAUUGAUGGAGUAGUGCCCGUCGAUUACUUCCAGAAGAUCGAGUCUUGGCCUGAUCGGCAAUCCAUACCUUUCUGAUUCAUAUAAUUCAACAUCAUGCGAAGAUUCACAAGAUUCUAUGACAAUGAUUGUGUCGAUUCUUGGUGAACCUUGAUUAUGUAAUGGUCUCAAUGUCUUCAAUUGCACAUAUGCCAGUUUAUGGAAACUUUCAAGAUUAUGUUGUUUCCGUUGUACAAAGACAUGAGAACCUAUGUGUGCAGAAAUAAACCAACUGAUAUAAA